GGGGGGGGGGGGGGGGGGGGAACAAGUUAUCAGAUUUUUGGGAUUGUCAUGUCAAAGAUGAAAGGUCAUGAAGAUCAAUUGACACAUUUAAGUAUAGGCUUUUUGUUGUCGUUGUGAUAUUCCAAGAAUAAUUCAAGCCAGGAUCCUAACUAAAUUUAGGCGGUGGUAUAUUUGAGAGGCAGCCAAAUUUUUCUUGUUAGGUAUUGCUCAUUGGAUUAGUAAUAACUCUCUUGAUCAUAAACCUUGGUUCAUUCGCUUUGAAUCAAGGCUUAUGAUGAAGAUAAUAAGUUUUGAUUGUACUAUCCAGAAAUAAACCUGUCUACAGAAGAUGUUAUACUCUCUGUCUGCCUAAAGUUGUCUUGAGAAGGCAAGAGCUCCUCAUGCAAUAUGCAUUAAUAAACAGUAUUUUUAUGAAUAAUAAUGUGCUAAAUUUGCUUAAUUUGUUCGGAAAUCAAAUUAAUUUCAAGUGAUAUGGAAUUUAUUAUAACGCUGCUUCAACAUACAACUACAAUUUUUACAUUGCUCCAGCCAAUAUACCACACAGUUUUCCAUUUUUAUUAUAGAUGCACCUGAUAAUACAUAUUAGAUAUUUGAAAUAUCAAAUAAUAUCUGAGAAACUGCAAUAUCUUACACACUAGAUUACUCUAUAUGGACAUUACUUCUCCUGUGAUGUUUAUUUUGAUAUGGAGUUUACCUUCUCAAUAUUAAUUUUGUAGGGUACUCUUUGAAUUGUUCUUGCUGCAAAUUGUAUGCCAUACUCUCAGUAUAUGCGAUGUGAUUGUAUCAAAUACAGUACUAUCAUCAUCAUUCUCUGUAAUACAUUAGUGUGGACUGUGGAAUCAUGAUCUAUUGUGAUUUGGGGGGAAUUAUUAUGUAUCUAUGACAAUAUUACAGCAUGGAUGCAUUGACAUAAAAGCAUGUGAUGACGAUGAUGAUGAUGAUGUUGAUGUUUGUUAUGAUGAUGAUGAUGAUGUUGAUGUUUAUGAUGAUGAUGAUGAUGAUGUUUUUGAUGAUGUUGUUGAUGAUGAUGAUGUUGAUGUUUGUGAUGAUGAUGAUGAUGAUGAUGAUGAAGUUGAUGAUGAUGAUGUUGAUGAUGAUGAUGAUGUUUUUGAUGAUGUUUUUGAUGAUGUUGAUGUUUGUGAUGAUGAUGAUGUUUGUGAUGAUGUUGAUGUUUGUGAUGAUGAUGAUGAUGAUGAUGAUGAUGAUGAUGAUGAUGUUGAUGUUCAUGAUGAUGAUGAUGUUGAUGUUUGUGAUGAUGAUGAUGAUGAUGAUGUUGAUGAUGUUGAUGUUUUUGAUGAUGUUGAUGUUUGUGAUGAUGAUGAUGAUGAUGAUGUUGAUGAUGUUGAUGUUUUUGAUGAUGUUGAUGUUUGUGAUGAUGAUGAUGAUGAUGAUGUUGAUGUUUCUGAUGAUGAUGUUGAUGAUGAUGAUGAUGAUGAAGAAAUUGAUGAUGAUGAUGUUGAUGAUGAUGUUGAUGUUUGUGAUGAUGAUGAUGAUGAUGAUGAUGAUGUUGAUGUUUGUUGUGAUGAUGUUGAUGUUUGUGAUGAUGAUGAUGAUGAUGAUGAAGUUGAUGAUGAUGAUGUUGAUGAUGAUGAUGAUGUUUUUGAUGAUGUUGAUGAUGAUGAUGAUGAUGAUGAUGAUGAUGAUGAUGUUGAUGUUCAUGAUGAUGAUGAUGUUGAUGUUUGUGAUGAUGAUGAUGAUGAUGAUGAUGUUCUCGGCUACGACUUCGUCGAUGCUAGGUCGGCAGAGUUGAGAGCUCUGUCGACAGAUGUUGCCGAUGGCGGUGAGAUCGGCGUUGGUCGUAGCACCUCCCAUCAAGGUGAGAAGUCUUCCGAGCUGGAACACGUCACUCGAGACCGAGGUCAGCACGUCAUCGAGGGCGCAUUCAGGGGCGAUGUGGACAUACACCUCCUGUAA